AUGGGAAAGAGAGAUCCAAUGGUCUCAGAAUCACCAGCAGAAGAACAGCUGCCUAUAGAAGUAGCAAUCGAAGAUAGGCUACCACAACGGCCAUCCAUGUCACCUUCAACCAAUGCAUCUGCUAACGAAAAGUACGAUGAAAUGGAAUCAAAUAUGUCUGAUAACUUACCGUCACAUCAGGAGCAUAUAAUGAAUAGAUUAACAAGCAUUCGUGGAAACAAGCAACGCAUUCUAUCUACAUUACGUGAACUCAAAGAAAGUACAAAAGAAGGAGAGUUUCCAAAGAAAGAGUUAAUGGGUAAAAUGAUUGCAAGCUAUGAUGCACUCACUGCACAAGAAGAACAAUACGUACAACUAAUGCAGAAAAUUGUUUGUUUACGUGAAAAUGCAGCAGAGGAUGUGCAGCACGAAAACGAAAGAAAAUUGAUGCCGGUCGGUGACAGUAUCACUAAUAAACCUGAAGAUGUUGUGAAAGAGAGUAUUGAGGAAUCAAACGAUAAGCUAUCUGAGGAAGCAAUCAAAAAUGGUAUAGAAGAAAUGAACAGUGAAUUAUCUAAACUAGGAGUUGUAACAGGAAAUGCAGUUGCCGUCUCAAUUAUGAAUGAUAAACUACUAGAAACACUGCAGUUACAUCGUGAGAAGAAGGCUACGCUCGAAGAGUUACAUCGUAGAAAACGGGAAACUCAGAAAGGUAUAGCUGAUGAGGCAUUGCAGCAGGUUGAAACGGCGCGCUUGAAAGUUGCAUCGGAGCAAGAGCAAGUGGAAAGGAAACGUAAAACAUUGGAGCGAUUGCGACGUGAAGCGCAACGUCGUGGUAUCAAAUUGGGGCCUGGAUCAGCAUCAGAGCCAGAUAUUGUUGCUCAACCGCAACCAGAGCCCAAAUCAGUCACUGAAGCAAAGUUAAGGGCUAAAUUGCAAUCGAAGAAAAAGCAAAAUACCGAACUGGAAGAUGAUAAUGGACCACCAGUACCGGAUGAUUUGGCACCGAAUGAGCGAAUUCCACCAGUUUUGGCGAAUGAACACGCUAAAGUUGAACAGCAGCAACAAAUGGAAAAAAAAACCUUUGAAAUGACUGGUAGUAGUGGAGUUGUGGGGAAAAAAAAGAGAAAAGGCAAGAAAGGAUGUGAACAGCAGGAACAGCAACUGCCAAAGAAGCAGUCUGAUACAAUCAACUCUUCCAUACGGUUUGCUUCAUUCAUCCUUAGUGCGAUUGAAGGGCAUCAGUGCGCUUAUUUCCUUAAUCUUUUUGAAAGUACAAUAAAGCUUGCAACUCUUAUUAUUUGCAGUGAAAAACUAGCUGCAAUUGUAGCGCGUAAAGAACGUAUGCGAGAAAUACGAGCAAAAUUAAUUCAGCCUGUUGUAGAAUCUCCUCCUGAUAUGGAUGAAACAUUUCGUAAUGCUUUGCAACAGUUAAAGUAUGGUUUUUUAAAUUUUGUCUAA